GGAAGGAGCCCUAUUGUUUGGUGGGAGGGGUCUCUCCGGCCCUUGGAAUUGAUCCCUUGGGGGCCCAAGAGGCUCUAUGGGCCACCCAUUUGCAAGCCAGACGGGGUCCUAACUAUUGCAAAGUCUGCACCAAGUCUAUGGAACAGUGCCAAGCAGACCCCCAUGUCAUUCAGUUGUGCCCACCCCCAUAUUGUAAUUGGGGGGGGGGGGUCUUAUGGUUUCUCCUGCGAUUCAUGAAGAGAGACACCUAUGGGGGCCGCCCAGUGUUUCUUGUCUUUGUAGUCCUUUAUUCUUUAUUUACAAAGUGUUCUCAUCCACUGGCUUCUUGUGAGUUUUCCGGGCUAUGUGGCCAUGUUCCAGCAACAUGCUCUCCUGGUGUUUUGCCUACAUUUGUGCCUAAUGUCAUCUUCAGAGAUUUUGUUGGCAGUGAAUCAAGUGGAGUGUAUAAAUACCUGUGAAAUGGUGUCCAGGGUGGGAGAAAAAAAAACCCUUUGUUGCAAUUAGCAAGCUUGAAUUAGCAUUUGAGUGGCCAUGAAGUUUACAAAGUCAAUCAGGGAGGGUCUCUGCAUAGAGGUGGCCUGGCCUUUGUUGCCUGGAGGCACCCUCUGUUUGGGAGGUGUUGACUGGGAUUUGAUUGCUCAUUGUCUGGAGUUCUCCUUCAUAUGUUACUUGAGUUCUCUUCAUAUGUUACUUGAGUGAUUAUAUUCCUUCUGCUUAUGUGAUUGUUUUAGUCAAUCGUUAUGUUUUGUUUUUGUUUUUAAUUCUUAUAGCGUUUUAUAGUGUUUUCAGUGUUUUAUUGUACAAUGUUUUAUGCUGAUUUUAUAUUGGAAACCGCCCUGAGUCCCUUUUGGGAGCGAGGGCAGUAUACAAAUAAACUUUUACUUACUUACUUACUUACUCCUGAUUCCGAGUGGUAACAAGACAGCGAAGAAAGAACACUAGUGAGAAACAGGAGAAUUCCAGACCGUUUACACUGUCCUUCUAUCCCAGGGUCUGAUCCCAGGUUAUCAGCUUUGAACUGGAUGAUAAUGAGUCUCCACUGCUAUAUAAUCUGGGAUAGACAGGUAAUCUGGGAUCAGAUCCUACGGUAGGAUAGAAGGGCAGUGUAGGAGGGACCUUCGAUGGGGUUAUCCUGGUUUCCGAUGACAGGUCCUGCCUCUCACCAAGUAGUGCCGGCGGAGGGGGGGGGGGGGGGGCAAUGCCGUUUUGGAAAUGGGCCGGUCAGAGAGACCCAGAGACAGGGCUGGCAUUGGAGGGCCUGCGUGUGUGCCGGCCAAUGACACGUGUGGCCGGUGGGGCGGUUAAUGAUUCAUGCGCCUGAGCCGGUCAGAUAAGCAGGAGGUCAAGGUUCUUGAAUGGCUUGUCCUGGGGCUGGCUCGCCUCUCUGGCCACUCCACCCCUUCCUUCCUGCAGGGAGCCGGUCCCUCCUGCGGGAGGCGCUGCGCCCGCUGCUGGCGCUGGUGUCCCUCCCGCGCUGGCCCUCCCGCGGGGACCUCCGGGCCUGGGUCCAGCUCCUGGCCGUCGCCCAGUGGAUGCUCAGCUUCCUCCUGAUGGGGCUGCUGCUGCUGCUGCUCCUGGUCUACCUGGCCUUCACUCCCUUCUGGCCGGUCUCCGCCCUCUACCUGGCCUGGCUCCUCCUCGACUGGGAGACCCCCGAGAGAGGCGGCAGGAGCUCCUCCUGGGUCCGUUCCUGGCCCAUCUGGAGCUACUUCCGGGACUACUUCCCCAUCCAGCUGGUGAAGACCCACCCCCUCUCCCCGGGGCACAACUACAUGGUGGGCGUCCACCCGCACGGCCUGCUCUGCGUGGGCGCCUUCGCCAACUUUGUGACGGGCGCCACGGGCUUCGCGGAGAAGUUCCCCGGCAUCCGGCCCGCCCUCGGCACCCUGGCCGGGAACUUCCGCCUCCCGGGCAUCCGGGAGUAUCUCAUGAGCGGAGGCCUCUUCCCGGUGACGCCGAGGGCCAUCGCGCACCUCCUCUCUCGGAGCGGGACCGGGAACGCGGUGGUGCUGGUGGUGGGCGGCGCAGCCGAGUCCCUCUCCGCCUCCCGCCCUGGAGAGACCACCCUCGUCCUGCGGCGCAGGAAGGGCUUCGUCCGCCUGGCCCUCCAACAUGGGGCGCACCUGGUGCCGGCCUUCUCCUUCGGGGAGGAGGCGCUCUUCCGGCAGGUCUGCUUUGCGGAGGGCGGCUGGGCGCGCAGCCUGCAGGAUCGCUGCCGGAGGGCCCUGGGGUUCGCCCCCUGCCUCUUCCACGGGAGGGGCCUCCUCCCCCUGCCCUUCCCUGUCGCCACCGUCGUCUCUCUGCGUUGCCGUUCCAGUGGGGAAGCCCCUGCCGGUGCCCAGGAUGGCGCAGCCUCCGCGGGAGACGGUGGACCGCUUCCACGCCCUGUACGUGGAGGCUCUGCGCGGGCUCUUCGAGGAGCACAAGGGGCGCUUCGGCCUCCCCGCGGGGCACGCCCUCCGCAUCCUCUGACCCCGCCGGGCCCCCACUCCUCUCCCCGGAAGCUCAGAGGAGGCCCCGGACCCUUUCGGGAACACCCGUCCAUCGGCCAGAAGGAGUCCAAGCAGAGCGCUUUCCGGACACGUGCGUGUGUGCCUCGGACUGCUCCCGUUCACCAAGUGCUUUGCAUACUGUUGUUAAAACUUUUGUGUAACAAGACCUUAAGCAGCGCAUUGAUUCAUUCUUGAGGUGGGGAAGAAAGCUCCAGGACCCGGGCAGCAGGGCCUCCCGGUGUGAAAGGCAGAGAUGGAAGCCGGUCCGCGGCCCUGGGCCCGAAGGAAGGGGGGCUCCUUGCUGCCUUGUGUGCAGGGAGGCAGCCCCCUCCCCAGAAGCCCUGGCGGUGAGUGGGCCUGGCAGGGUCCCGAAGUGCAAGGAGGGCUCCGCAUCUGCAUCCUCGGGCAAGAAACGCACCUGAAAGAGGCAUCGAGACACACAGGAUUCUCCAGGCACUGCUCUCACCCUGAGAUUCCUCCCCAAUAAUUCUCUCCUCAUAUCUAAUAAUAAUAAUACUAUCCAUAUAAUAAUAAGAAGAACAACAACAAUUCUUACCCACCUCUCCUUGUAUCUAAUAAUAAUAAUACUAUCCAUAUAAUAAUAAUAAGAACAAAAAUAAUUCUUACCCACCUCUCCUCAUGUCUAAUAAUAAUAAUACUAUCCAUAUGAUAAUAAGAAGAGAACAACAACAGUAACAACAAUAAUUCUUACCUGCCACUCCUCAUGGCUAAUAAUAAUAACAACAACAACUCUUACUCGUCUCUCCUCAUAGCAAAUAAUUAUAAUAAUACUAUCCAUAUAAUAAUAAGAAGAAUAACAACUCUUACCUGCCUCUCCUCAUAGCAAAUAAUAAUAAUACUAUCCAUAUAAUAAUAAUAACAACAAUAAUUCUUACCUGCCUCUCCUCAUAGCUAAUAAUAGUAAUACUAUCCAUGUUAUAAUAAUAAUAAUAAUUUUAUUAUUACUUGCCAGUCCUCAUGGCUAAUAAUAAUAACAACAACAACAGUAGUAAUUCUUACCCGCCUCUCCUCAUAGCUAAUAACAAUAAUACUAUCCAUAUAAUAAUAAUAAUAAUAAUUAUUAUUAUUAUUCUUACCUGCCAGUCCUCAUGGCUAAUGGUAAUAAUAAUAACAACAACAACAAUAGUAAUUCUUACCUGCCUCUCCUCAUAGCUAAUAAUAAUAAUACUAUCCAUAUAAUAAUAAUAAUAUUUCUUACCUGCCACUCCUCAUGACUAAUAAUAAUAAUAAUAAUAAUAAUAAUAAUAAUAGUGUUAUUUCUUACCUACCUCCUCUCCUUGUGUCUCGGGACGGGUGACAGCAUUAUUAAAACACAUAAACAUUGUAAAGAUUCUCGGAAUAUACCUAUGUAUUUCUAUUUAAAAUAAGAAUCUAUACACUCUCUCGCUUGUUGGCUUUCAUCGUACUGCGGGCAUAAUUCUAUCGAUAAUAAAAUUCCCUCUUUAUAUUUUCUA